AAGCCUGUCAGCUAGAGUGCUGUAGUGUGCAGACACUGUGAGUUGUGCAUGUGUGGGAGCAUGCAAGUGUGUGUGUGAGUGAGUGUGUGCUUGAUCUGCUUUUGUGAAAGUGUUAGGAACCAGGCCAGUGUGUGAGAGGACACCUUUGGCUACUACUACACACUCAGCUGACCACCUUUUGGGUUUUGAAGAACAGCUUAAUACAGAACCACAACUGUUUAAAAAAGAGGCUGGAAAAGUGAACCUACCCCCCAGUGAAGGCCACAGAAGUAAAGCAGUGGAAACAACAGUUUCAACAGAAAAGGAAGAAGUAGAUCCAGAGGGACAGUGGAGUGACCUUGACCUGAAAGACUCAAGAGAACAAGUUAUUGGCUGAAACAGCCUGGAGUGAGAUUUGAGUCGUGUUCGUGUUUAAGUGGCCCAGUUCAGCAGCCUCAUGGCCAGCAACAACACUGCCAGCAUCGCCCAGGCCCGCAAACUGGUGGAGCAGCUCAAGAUGGAGGCCAACAUUGACCGGAUAAAAGUGUCCAAAGCAGCAGCCGACCUGAUGUCGUACUGCGAAGCUCACGCUAAGGAGGACCCUCUGCUGUCACCCGUGCCUGCCUCCGAAAACCCCUUCAGGGAGAAGAAGUUUUUCUGUGCCAUCCUGUAAAGCAGCACCGGUCGGCCAUGGGGCUGCCCGCUCCCUCUGGGACCCACACACACACACGGAUGUUACAAAAUGUAGAUCUUUUUCCUGAGGGCUGAUGGGCAGCGGCAGCGACUUCUCGACCUCCACUGGUUUCCUGUGAGCCCAGCGGAAGCCCCCCUGAGUUCACAGCGUGAAGGGAGAGCCAGUGCUGUGCAUGUUUACAAGAGAGAGCACAGCCAACAUGAGCGACUGGCACCAUAGCAGCUCUGGCAGGAUGUGAUGUGUAAAUUGAAGUAUUCAUGCGGUAUUUUGUGGUUCCUCUGAGGUAUUCAAAUGUUUUGUUUGAUUAAAAUAAGUUGGCCAUGACUACGGAGCCGAUCAGUGAACAUAGAGCCAUGGCUUCUCAUGGAAAUGCUUUGAUUUCGUCUUUGUUCGCUUUAUUUCAAUAAUCAUUUAUUAUUUCCUCAAAUGAAUUUGGUAUAUAUCACUUAGGUAGCUUUCUAUGUAUGUAUUUUUUUUAUUUAAGAUCAAAAGAUAGGUAAAUGCAUUUUUUAUGAAAAAUUUGAACACAUGCAAAUAUUCCUAUAGACACUUAUCUUUACAAUGCUGAUUACAAUAUUUGAAUAUGUAUAGCAAGCAUUUUAAUUUUUUUGUCUUCUUCAAAAAAAAAUAGGUCUCUUUUUACUAUUUGUAAAAAAAAUAUUUACUGUGUUGUGCUGUAUGGUUUGAAUGUUUGUGGUGAAUUCAAUAAUAACUGCAUGAAGACUGAAAA